AAUAUGAUACUCACAGGCAGUUUCUUUAUACAGCCUUCACCUCACCAGACAACUAGCAGCCAAGUUGCCUCCACCCUACAGCUUCACAUCGCCAGAGAGACAAUGCCCAGAGCAACAAACGCUCCCCUCCGACCUACAGGGACAAUGAUGCCGCUCGUUGUCCUCUGUAUCUUGUUCUUCUCGCAGUAUGGAGCCGUGCCGAUUAUUGUUCCAUAUGAAACACAAUCCACAGACAAUGCCACCAACAGACAGAUCAUUGUUGACGUACACAACAGAUGGAGAGGGAACGUGACUCCGACUGCCAUGAAUAUGCUGAAAAUGGAAUGGAAUGAUGAAGCAGCAAAAAAAGCGGAGAUAUGGGCUAGAACCUGCAACCAGUUUCAUAACCCAGCGUCACAGCGCAAUAUUACUAAUUUUUCGUGUGGGCAAAAUCUCUUCAUGGCGUCUUAUAGCACCACUUGGGAGGCAGCCGUUACAGCGUGGUUCGAUGAAAUUAAGGAUUUCGAUUUUGGAAAAGGACCAAAAACCUUUGGCGCACUUAUAGGACAUUAUACCCAGGGGGCGUGGUACAAUUCCCGCAUGGUGGGUUGCUAUGAAUUUGAAUGUCCUAAUGCCGAAUACAGAUAUUACUACGUUUGUCACUACUGCCCGGCGGGAAAUAUUGAAGGGAAACAGUUUACCCCAUACAAAAUCGGUCCGACAUGUGGAGACUGCCCAAAGUCAUGUGAAAAUGGCGUAUGCACCAACUACUGCCCACAUCCCAUUAAUUACGACAACUGCCAGGAGUUAACUACGAAGUAUUCGUGCAGCAAAUACCCAGAACUCCAGGACGACUGCCCGGCCCACUGCCGCUGCACCAACAAUGAAAUUAUAUAAUCCGCCGCUUCUGGGUUUCCCAUAUAAAUAAACAUACUUGGUAGCCAA